UAAAUUUUAAUUUUCUAUUCCUUUUUUUUUUUCCUCUUUUUACUUAUUAUAAAAACUUAUACACGCAUAUAUAAAUAAAAUGGUUAUGGAAGCGUCUAUGAUUGUCGUUGACAAUUCCGAGUGGAUGCGUAACGGCGACUAUUCACCUACUCGAUUAGUAGCACAGAAUGAAGCCGUCAAUCUCAUUUUUUCUUCCAAGACACAGUCUAAUCCAGAAAAUACAGUUGGAUUAAUGACAGCUGCUGGUAAAGGGCCUGAAGUUCUUGUCACUCUUACCAGCGAUGUCGGUAAAAUUCUUUCUGCUUUACAUUCUGUAAAGGCAGGUGGAAAGCCUAAUUUUUUGACUAGUGUGCAAAUCGCCCAACUUGCUUUGAAACAUAGACAAAAUAGAAAUCAACGUCAACGCAUCAUUGUGUUUGUCGCCAGUCCUAUCGACGCCGAUGAAAAAGCACUCGUCAAGUUAGCCAAAAAGUUAAAAAAGAAUAAUGUUGCUGUUGAUGUAAUUAACUUUGGUGAAGAAGCCGAGAAUACAUCUCGAUUGGAAGCAUUCAUUAAUAAUGUGAAUAAUAGCGAUAAUAGUCAUCUUAUUACUAUUCCACCUGGGCCUCAUCUCUUAAGUGAUAUGCUGAUUUCUACACCUAUUGUAUCUGGAGAAGAUGGUAUUCCUGGUGUUAGUGGUGCUGGUGGUGCAAAUGAUUUUGAAUUUGGAAUUGAUCCUAGUCUUGAUCCUGAACUUGCUUUGGCAUUACGUAUUUCUCUUGAAGAAGAGAAGGCACGUCAAGAAGCUGAAAAGGCAAAGAAUGGAGGCAGCAGCAAUAAAGAGAAUACACAGGAAUCAUCUUCUGUGGCAAUAGAUUCAACGGUGGAUAAUGAUGAAGAUGCUGAACUUCAAGCUGCUUUAGCUAUGUCGAUGAAUGAUAAUAAUAUGGUCCAAGAUGAAGAUGAGCAAAUGGAAGAUUUAAAUGAAGAUGAAGCACUUCAAAGAGCACUAGAGAUGUCUAUGCAAGAUGAUAAUAAUAAUGAUGAUGAAGAGAUGAUGUCAGCUGUAUUGGGUUCUUUACCUGGUGUUGAUAAGAAUGAUGAGCGUAUUCAAAAGGCUUUAGAAGACAUGGAUAAAAAUAAGAAAGAGAAUGAAAAGAAAUAAGGGAUGGAGUUUUUUUUUUUAAAAAAAAAAAGAAGAGAAAAGAAAAGAAAA